AUGGAGGACGAGCAGCCUGACAGCCUGGAGGGCUGGGUGCCGGUCCGAGAGGGCCUCUUCGCCGAGCCCGAGCGGCACCGGUUGCGCUUCCUGGUGGCCUGGAACGGCGCGGAGGGCAAGUUCGCUGUGACUUGUCACGACCGCACCGCGCAGCGGCGGUGGCGACGCGAGGGGGCCCAGCCCGAGCCCGAGCCCGAGCCCGAGCCCGAGGCCGCCAUGUCCCCCCCAAGCUGGGCCGGCCUACUUUCGGCCGCGGGGUUCCGCGGCGCGCACCGGCAACUGGCGGCGCUAUGGCCGCCUCUAGAGCGCUGCUUCCCGCGGCUGCCACCGGAGCUGGACGUAGGUGGCGGCGGCGGGGCCUGGGGCCUGGGUCUUGGGUUGUGGGCGCUGCUGUGGCCGGCGCGCGCGGGGCCCGGAGAGGCGGCGCUGCGGGAGUUGUGUGGACGGCUGGAGCGCUACCUGGGCGAGGCGGCAGACGGCUGCGGUGGCGCCACCGUGCGCGACGCGCUCUUCCCGGCUGAGGGCGGCGCGGCAGACUGCGAGAGCCUGCGCGAGUUCCGGGAACGGGCCCUGCGCGCGCGGUGGACCGAAGCGGACGCGCGGCUGCGCCAGGUUCUUCAGGGACACACAAAAGCCAACACCAUGGUGGCUUUAAUGAAAGUUUACCAAGAGGAAGAUGAAGCGUACCAGGAAUUAGUUACUGUGGCAACCACGUUCUUCCAAUAUUUAUUGCAGCCAUUAAGGGCUAUGAGAGAAGUUGCAACUUUAUGUAAGCUUGAUAUUUUGAAGUCCUUGGAUGAGGAUGACCUAGGUCCUAGAAGGGUAGUUGCCCUGGAGAAAGAAGCUGAAGAAUGGACCAGACGGGCUGAAGAAGCUGUCAUCUCUAUUCAAGAUAUCACAGUGAAUUAUUUCAAGGAGACAGUAAAAGCAUUAGCAGGAAUGCAGAAACAAAUGGAACAGGAUGGGAAGAGAUUUGGCCAGGCUGCCUGGGCCACAGCAACUCCCAGGUUGGAAAAACUUAAGCUAAUGCUAGCUCGAGAGACUUUGCAACUCAUGAGAGCGAAAAAGCUGUGUUUAAAUCACAAAAGAGCUGAAAUUCAGGGAAAGAUGGAAGAUCUUCCAGAACAAGAAAAAAAUAUCAAUGUUGUAGAUGAAUUAGAAAUAAAAUUUUAUGAAAUUCAGUUAGAACUAUAUGAUGUUAAAUUUGAGAUAUUAAGAAAUGAAGAAAUACUGCUUACUACACAGUUGGACUCUCUUAAAAGACUUAUAAAAGAAAAACAGGAUGAAGUUGUCUAUUAUGAUCCGUGUGAAAGUCCAGAGGAACUUAAAGUCAUUGACUGUGUGGUGGGGCUGCAGGACAAUAAGAAUUUGGAAGUGAAAGAACUCAGAAGGCAGUGCCAGCAGCUGGAGUCUAAACGGGGCAGGAUCUGUGCCAAAAGAGCCUCUCUCCGGAGCAAAAAGGAUCAGUGCAAAGAAAAUCAUCAGCUCAGAUUGCAACAGGCUGAAGAAAGCAUAAAAUACUCUCGUCAGCAUCAUAGUAUUCAGAUGAAAAGAGACAAGAUAAAAGAAGAGGAACAAAAGAACAAAGAAUGGAUCAACCAAGAACGCCAAAAAACACUCCAACGAUUGAGAGCAUUUAAAGAUAAGCACCUAGGUCAAUCUGUCCGAAAGACCUCUGGCGCAGAACCUGUGGCUCCAAACCUGCCAGGUGGCCUUUCCCAGCAGACGUGCUUGCCAGCUUCCCAGGUGGUGUCAGUAAUUCAUCCAUCCUCUAGGAAAACUAGAGGUGUUCCCCUAUUGGAAGCUAGUAACGUGAAAACCCCCAAGUGUCAAGACUGUCAUGGAAAUACCUCUGUCCAGGUUUUUGUUCCAGUUGGUGAUCAAACACAUUCCAAAUCCAGUGAGGAAUUGUCACUGCCACCUCCUCCACCACCACCACCACCACCAGCACCAGCACCAGCACCAGCUCCUCUGCCUGCUCUGUCCUCAUGCUCUGAAGCUGCAACUCAUCAGAACUUAGGCUUCAGGGCUCCAAUGAAAGAUGACCAGCCACUUCCCCUAGUGUGUGAAUCACCUGCUGAGAGGCCACGUGACUCCUUGGGACAUUUUCCAUGUCCAGGAUCUAUGGACGAAGUGUUGGCUUCCUUAAGGCAUGGCAAAGCCCCUCUCCAGAAGGUAGAAGUGCCAGCAGUGCGCCCUCCCCACGCCUCAGUCAAUGAGCACAUUCUGGCUGCCAUAAGGCAAGGGGUCAAACUGAAGAAAGUUCACCCGGACCUUGGCCCAAGCCCCAGCAGCAGACACACCAGUGACCUUGAGAGGAGUAUCAAGGCUGCACUCCAGAGAAUCAAGAGGGUGUCUGCUGACUCAGAGGAAGACAGUGAUGAGCAGGACGCCGGCCAGUGGGACCGUUAAGCCAAGUUUGACAAAGGUACCUACCCUGGUGGGCUUGAAUGAAGUGGGUGGGGCUAAGACCUGUUGAAAAGCACUUGAACAGGGUGCUGGUAGAUGGUCCAUAUGACACCUCCGACGAUCAGCAGGGCAUUGUGUGGGACCCUGCAGCUUUUAUGUGACACGAUGACUCUUAAAACUGGGGAGGGGCCAGGCGCCUGUGGCUUACGCCUGUAAUCCCAGCACUUUGGGAGGGUGAGGCGGGCAGAUCACAAGGUCAAGAGAUUGAGACCAUUCUGGCCAACAUGGGAAACACUGUCUACUAAAAAUACAAAAAAUUAGCUGGGUGUGGUGGUGCGCACCUGUAGUCCCAGCUACUCAGGAGGCUGAAGCAGGAGAAUCGCUUGAACUUGGGAGGCAGAGGUUGCAGGGAGCUGAGAUUGUGCCACUGCAGUCUACCCUGGUGACAGAGCAAGACUGUCUCAAAAAAAAAAAUAAAUAAACUGGGGAGGGAAGUAGACUUGAGAUUUUCACCCACCAGUCCAUAUGUGGAAUGUCAAGACCUGUGAGAAGUGUCACUGUCCUAAAAGAAGAGCACUUAUUUCUUACCUUCAUUGGUGAUCCAAAGUUGUUCCCUGAUUCUGAAAGCAGUUUACGCUACCCUGGUAAACAGCACUAUUAGACUACUGACUGUGGCCUGUGUAUAUGUAAUAGUGAUUCCUCAGCUUUAUAGAUAUGAAUGUAAAUGUUAUUUUAGCAAUAAUCUGAAAAAUCACUUAUAUUCAGGAGUUAUUUUAAAUAUUUAAAUGAAAUUUAUUUUAUGUACCAAGCACUACAUAAACUCAUAAUAAAGAACUAUUUACAGUGUAUUAGCAUCACUCAUGGUGAAAUGAAAACAUACCUUAGCUGCUGUACAAGCAAAGCCUUCUGUACCUGGGUGGGCUUAAAAAUUUUUAAUAAGGUUUCAGCUAAACACUUGUUUAAAUGAAUACUAAGGGUAGAGGAAUAGUGUUAUUUUCCUCAGGAACUGAAGUCUCAUGCCGACAUAUUUUUUCAAAUUUUUAAAAUCAGAAAAGGGGAAGGGACCGAUGCAAUCUAUCCCAUUCAUCUCUCAGACUGUGCAAGCAUCCCCACUAACCUUGUCACCCUCACUCUUGUGAUGUUAAUCCUGGAUUUCCACAGAACAAAAGGAAUUCACCUUAUUUCCAAAGAAAGUCCUGCCAUAGAACCGAAAUCUUGGUAUGUCUGGUUUUUGUUUUUGUUUUUGUUUUUGUUUUUUUUUGAGACGGAGUCUCGCUCUGUCACCAGGCUGGAGUACAGUGGCAUGAUCUUGGCUUACUGCAACCUCCGCCUCCUGGGUUCAAGCGAUUCUCCUGCCUCAACCUCCUGAGUAGCUGGGACUAGAGGCGUGUGCCACCAAGCUCAACUAAUUUUUGUAUUUUUGGUGGAGACGGGUUUUAACCAUGUUGGCCAGGAUGAUCUCAAUCUCUUGACCUCAUGAUCUGCCUGCCUUAGCUUCCCAAAGUGCUGGGAUUACAGGCAUGGGCCACUGUGCCCGGCCUUCAGUGUUUUAACUCUCAUACAGCAGCCUGAGGGGCCUCAGCCGCCACAGCUGGGAGGGGCAUGGGUUCCUUUCAGCAACUGCACCUGGGCCUGCCUUCAUGGCGUGGCCACUGCCAGGUUGCCCACAGGUCUGUCACGUGUGCUACCUUUUCAGAAUGCAAAUCCAACUCCUGUGCCUCACUGUGGUGGCCUGGGCCUGAUAGGCCAAGCCCUAACCCUACACUGGCCCCUGUACCUGUCGCUCCCAUGUGGUUCCCAGGGGUGUUCCAGUGGGGGCCGCAACCUGCUGGCUACUCGCUGGGCAUCAGGUCCAGAUCCCAGGCUUCCUUCCCCACCACAGACAGGCCAGGCUCUGGAAUUGAAAAAGUGGCAAAAUCAGAACUUUGUGGGACUUUCCUUUUGCCUAUUUUGCAGUUUGGUAUUGUUUGUAAUUACAUAUUUAUAAUUUCAGUAUUUUGAGAUGCCAGCAAGCUUAAUCAGGCUGGAAUAAUACUCAAGUUGGUUUCUAACUGCUGGCAAAGACGAGGGGCCUUUGAAAAAAAGGAUCCUUUUCAAAAGAGCAUUCUCACAGUAAAAGUUCCUGGCCUAAUUGCGUCUUUUGUGCAUCAACACUUCUCUUCCUCAUCUGGAACCCCCUCUCUCCUUUCUCCCUUUCCCUACUUCCAGCCAAGCCUUGAAGUAAAUCCAGACUUUGGUUUCAGGGAAUUUAGAGCCAAGAAAGUAAGGCCUGCCCAGCUUCAGAGCUCUCCAAUCUGGCCUCUGAAGCACUGCCAAUCUUCACCUCUCCCUGGCUUUCCAGCCCACAUGGUAAGGGCAGCCCCUCAGCCUGGCAGAUAAAACCCUCAGAGACCUGGCCACUUUCCCUGGACAGCCCCUGCUGCUCCCACAGGUUUUAGUACAGCAAUGCUAUGCUGCUUCCUGCCUGCCUGCCCACCAAGGGCCUGGAAUUCUCCCUCUACCCUCCAUGUCCUGGCAAACCCAUGCCCAUCUUUAGGUCUCAACCUCACAGCUUCUUCCCCCAGUUCUUCUCUGACCUCUCUCUCCUAUAAAGCCAUAUACCUUGUCUUGGAGUCUGGCCUGGCCAGAGGAGGACUGGCAUCUGCUCCUAGCACAGCCAAGCCAAUGGAUUGUCCUGGAGUGAAAAGCAAUGAGCUGGACCAAUCAUACCUGUGUAUUCAUCUGUUCGUCCCUUCCAUCUUCAGAAUUUGAACGAGUGAAUCAAGCCGGUGGUAGUAGCAGCCAGAAUGAAGAGGUCAUUGGUUAAAGGCCACAUGGCAUGUGAAACCCACAUAGUUGAGUGGAUUUAUGGGGCAGAGGCUCUCAGACCACAGGGUAUAUAAAAGUAUGUGAGAGUGCACUGGUUUUCUACUGCUGCCAUACAAGUCACAAAAGUCGCUGCUUAAAACACAAAUUAACAGUUCUGUAGGUCAGAAGUCUGACACGGAUCUCACUGGGCUAAAAUCAAGGUGUUGACAGGGCUGUGUUCUCUUCUAAAGGCUCUGGGGAGCAACAGUUUCCUUGCCCUUUCUGGUUUCUAGAGCUUGCCCCUGUUCCUUGGCUUGUGGCCCCCUCCUCCACCUUCAGUGCCAGCAGCAUCGUAUCUCUCUGACCCUUCUUCCAUCAUCACAGCUUUUUCUGACACAAGAAAAGGUUCUCUGCUGCUGAGAACUUGUGUGAUUAGACUGGGCCUACCCAGAUGAUCCAGUAUAAUCUCCCUGUGUGAAGGGCCGUUUUGCCAAGUAUGGUAACACAGUCACAGGUUCCUGGGAUUAGGAUGUGGACAUCUUUGGGGGCGAUUAUUCUGUCUAGUAAAUGGAGCUUUCUAGAAUGAUGAUUUCCAGGUCCACAAUGCAAGGAUCCUCAUCUACGAAGUCUUCCUGGGAUGGUCCAGCAACACAAAUAGCUCUGAAGCAGCUAGUCUGCAGAUUUUCCUUAGAAAAAUGCUACUAUAAAAGUCAGAGGACCUGAGUGGGCUGGUGACGCAGGAACAGCAAAGUAGGCACAUUCAGAGCCACUGUGGGCUCCUCCUGGGGUCAGCAAUCCUGAAGCCUGGUGUUCAUGAGGUCUUCAGAAUGGCUCGGGUCAUUCCUAGAUCUGGAGAAGCAGGGUGAGUGCUGGCCCCUGACCUCAGCCGCCUGUGAGAGCUCUGCCUUGCAGGGGAGCCUUACAAAUUCCCCAUCAGCUGAGUUCCAUGAAUGUCUGCAGCGGAACAGCUCGCCCCUCCACUGGAACAGAGCGGAUCUGGGGAAAGUAAGUCUCUUCACUAUGGUGUUUCCCAGGGCCUGAGCAUACAGAUCACAAUAUUUGCUAAAUGAAAACAUGAAUGAAUGAAUAAGACCUAUAAAUAUGAAAAAGGUGAUGGAAGAGGCACAAGUCCCCCUCCCUGGUAGUGGAGGCACACUCAGAAAACCCAAAGCCUAGUGGCCGCAGUCCGCACCACCACUCUUGCUUUGGCUCAGCAGUAGCCCAUGGGGACAUCAGCCUACUUAGGGAGGACACGAACUUCCAAAGUAUCUUGUUAAGAUACAAAGGACUCCUGAAAUAUUUCUGUUGACUUAAAGACAGACACAAAUAUUUUACUGAACUAUGUAUUUCUACAGAAACAACUGUUACAACAAAAUCAGGUAAAAUUCACAAAGGUCUACAAGUCUUUAAAGGAAAAUAUUUUUUCCCUUAAAUAUAAAAAGUUCAUUUGCCAAAUAACAUCAGAAACAAACCAAAAAACUGUUAGAAACACAAUAGACAGAAAUACAAUAAUAGGAGACUAACAUAUCUUUCUUAGUCUUAACAAAUCAUUUAAAUUAAAAUUAAAGGUCCAUAAAUUAUAAGGUCAAAUGAAUAUAUCUGAAUUUUGUUCCCUUCAGAGAACACAUUUUCUUCAGUUUCCUGGGGAUAUAUAUUAAAACAAAAAAUUUAUUAGGUCUCAAGAAAACAUCCACCAUGAUCUCCAAAAUGCACAAACUGUACAAGCCAUACCCUCUUUGACAACAAGGCAAUAAAACCAGAAGUCUGUAAGAAAAGCUAAAAACAACAACAAAAUAAACUACCUGGAAAUUUAAAAGAAUAACUUCAAAAGACUCCAGUAAAAAACAGUCAAAUCUGAAAUUAUAAAUUAUUUAUAACUUAGAACGCCAAAUAUAAAUUUAAGGGAGAUUGAUAAAGAUAUAUUCAGAAGAAAAGUCACAACUUAUAAGUCACAACUUAUAAUGUUAGUAACCAUGACUUUUAUUAAGGAAGAAAAAUUUAAAAUGGCAUUCAACUUGAGAAGGUGAGAAAUAAAAACAAAACAAAAAUAAUCAUGAAAUAAUAAAACAGUAAAUUAAGAUAUAAAUCUCAGAGACGGUCAUUUGAAAAGAUCAAUGAAACAGACUAACUCUGGAAAAACCAAUGAGAACAAAAAGGGAAAGCACACACAAUAUGGGAAUGAGGAAGCAGAAUAACAGAGCUCCAGGCCAACAAAUCUGAAAAUCAUAAAAAUCAUUAUUUAGGAAAAUUUACUUAAUUAAAAACUUUUUUUUUUUUUUUUGAGAAAGGGUCUUGCUCUGUAUCCCAGGCAUGCUCAUGGCUCAGUGCAGCUUCAGCAUCCUGGGCUCAAGUGAUCCUCCUGCUUCAGCCUCCUGAGUAGCAGGGACCACAGGCACAUACCAACAUGCCUAGCUGGGUUUUAGUACAGUCAGGGUCUCACUAUGUUGCCCAGCCUGAUUGUGCACUCCUGAGCUCAAGCAAUCCUCCUGCCUCAGCCUCCUGAAGUGCUGGGAUUACAGACACGAGCCACCACACUCAGCCGGGAAAAUUUCAAUUGCCAAAAAACAGAAAGGAAGUUUAAAGAAACCAAUGAGCAUGAAAAAAAAAUUUCCUAAAAAGGCACUAGAGUUGGACAGUUUUAUAUGUUAUAAAAACUUCAAAGAGCAAAACAUUCUAAAUAUUUAAAUGUUUCCAGGGCAUAGAAAAAGAGCGCUUCCCAAGUUCUUUUUAAUUUUUAAAUAAGUUAACACCAAUAACUGAUGAAGACAGCAGAAAAAAAUUAUACAAUUAUUCCUAUUUAGGUAUGAAAAACUUCUUAAUAAAAUGAGCAAACCAAAUCCAGAAGAAUUUUGCAUUUUAAAGUUCUUAUUUUUAUUAUACAAGUAAUACAUGAUCUUAGUAGAAAAAUCAGAAAGUACAGAUAAGAAACACAAAAUAAAAACCUACUAUGGACCAACCAAUCAUAAAUAACCACUGUUAACACUGAAAGGAGAUGUAUAUUAAAAGAAUAAUAUACUAUGAUUAUAUCAGGUGUUUGUAGAAACGCAAAGAUGUCUUAACAUUAGCAAAUCUAUUAAAAUGAUUCAAGUCAUAAUAGAGAAAAACCAUUUGAUCAUCUUGACAGAUGUGGAAAAAAGCCAUUUAACAAAACCCCAACAUCCAUUACUAUUUUCAUCAAACUAGAAAUAGAGGGCAUAACCUUAAUGUAUAAUUCAAAUAUUAAGAUUAUCUUACACUAAGAGUCAAAUUUAUAGUUUUGGAGAAGCAUUCUUCUCACUAAAAAAAAAAAAUAUAUAUAUAUAUAUGUAUAAAAGAAUGGACAAUAUCAGCACAAUUAUCUAAGUGUUAACAUUGUUCUAAAAGUAUUGGUCAAUGUGAUGAAUUGAGAAAGUGAAGUAAGAUUAAAAAUAUGGGAAUAAAAUUAUCAUCUUACCCAGAAUUAUUACCCAACUGAAAAAGGCAAAAAAAUCAACAGCAGCAAAACCUUUAGCAUAAUUCAGUAAUUGGCCAGUUACAAAAUAAAUAACCAAUCACCAAGUACAACCACACACUACUCUCUUAUGCAGAGGUAAGAAUGAGGUAGAUUGAUGUGUACUGACACAGGAAGAUCUAUUGCAAAGAGAAAAUGCUAAUAAUAGCAGAAGUGUUGUCUUAUAUGGUCAAAGUGCUAAAACAUACUUUAGGAAACAACUGAUGAAUAUGCAUCAACUGUUGACUGUUUAUCUUGGGAAAAAGGGAUUUUAAUUAUGGGGGACUUUAAUUUUCUACAUUAUGUUUUUUUAAUAAUGUCUACAUUUAUGUAAGUUUUAUCCAAUGUUUUUAAGUCAUAGAUUUAAUUUUCAUUUUUAAAAGUAGUGGGAAAAGAUCUCAUUUACAAUAGUAAUCACACUACAAAGAUUACCUAUACUAGAAAAGUUCGGCUGAGAGACAUAAAAUAUUAUAAAUUUACUGAAACGAAAGGUUAAAUAUUAUAAAGAUGUUAGUCCUCUUGUGUAAAACAUGUUAAUUUUAUGCAAUUUCUAGUUCUUCUAAACAUCACAAAAUUAUCUCAAAUUUCUUUUGGAAUUUUUUUUUUUUUUUUUUUUUUUUUUUUUUUUUUUGAGACAGUCUUGCUUUGUUGUCCAGGCUGGAGCACAGUGCCACGAUCUUGGCUCACUGUAACCUCCGCCUCCUGGGUUCACUGCCUCAGCCUCCCAAGUAGUUGGGUUUACAGGCGCCCUCUGUCACACCCAGCUUUUUUUUUUUUUUUUUUUUUUUUUUUUGGUAUUUUUAGUAGAGAUGUGGUUUUGCCAUAUUGGCCAGACUGGUCUUGAACACCUGACCUCAGAUGAUCCACUCAACUCAGCCUCCCAAAGUGUUGGGAUUACAGGCAUGAACCACUGCGCCCAGCAUGCACAAUAUAUUAGGCAAGUUUUGAAAAAGUUUAAUGGGAAUGUUUAGUCCAAAGCUAUGGCGAUCCAAACAAUGUGGUACCGUACUAGAAAGUGCAGGUAAAAAUGAGCCACAGUAAAGUUCACAGCACACUCAAGGCCAGGGUGCUUAUCCUGGCACCCAACAGAAGGGCUGGGUAUACGGUACUGAUAGGAUUUCAUCUAGAGUACAGAAAGGAUAGACUUCCCAAUGAACAGUGAUGGGGUAAUUUAGAAAAUAUAGUGCAGAUAGAUUAGAGAGUUUAUUUUUUUAGAGACAGGGUCUUGCUCUGUCUCCAGGCUGGAGUGCAACAGCACAAUCAAAGCUCAGAGUAACUUCAAACACCUGGACUCAAGUGACCCUCCCACCCUGGCCACCCAAAGUCUUGGGAUUACAGGUAUGAGCCACCAUGCCCAGCCAGAUCAGAGAUGUAACCGCUUAGAAAGAAAUAAUAAAAGUGCAAAAAUGAGAUAGUGAAUAUACAUUCUUGCAAUCAGAAUUGGAAAGACCUUGCCAGGCAUGGUGGCUCAUGCCUGUAAUCCCAGCACUUUGGGAAGCCAAGGUGUGCAGACUGCCUGCGCCUAGGAGUUCGAGAUGAGCCUGGGCAACAUGGCGAAACCCAUCUCUACUAAAAAUACAAAAAGUUAGCCGGGAGUGGUGGCACACAUUUGUAGUCCCAGCUACUCGGAAGGUUGAGAAAUGAGAAUCACUUGAACCUGGGAGGCUCAGUUUGCAGUGAGCCGAGAUUGUACCACUGCACUCCAGCCUGGGGGACAGAGUAGACCCAGUCUCCAAAAAAAAAAAAAAAAAAAAUUAGAAAGGUCUUCAUAAGCAUGAAAACAUAAGUAGCAACCAUUUAAAAAAAAAAAAAGUAACGGCCGGGCGCGGUGGCUCAAGCCCGUAAUCCCAGCACUUUGGGAGGCCGAGGCGGGUGGAUCACGAGGUCAAGAAAUCGAGACCAUCCUGGUCAACAUGGUGAAACCCCGUCCCUACUAAAAAUACAAAAAAUUAGCCGGGCAUGGUGGCGCAUGCCUGUAAUCCCAGCUACUCGGGAGGCUGAGGCAGGAGAAUUGCCUGAACCCGGGAGGCGGAGGUUGCGGUGAGCCGAGAUCAGGCCAUUGCACUCCAGCCUGGGUAACAAGAGCGAAACUCCGUCUCAAAAAAAAAAAAAAAGUAACAAACUUGACUAAGAUUUAAAAAAUGUCUAAACAUUAUUAAAAAGCCAUACAUGCAACUUAAAAUUUCAUUUUAUAAUGUUUAUGAAGUAAGCCUCUUAGAAAUCAAUGAUACUACUGAACAUCUUAGAGGGUUACAUUUGAACAAAAAAAAUAUAUUAUUUUUAGCUCUCUGACCCCAGGGUAACUCCAUGUUAAAGAGGAAGCAGUACACACUCAUGCACUGUGGGUGGGAAUAUAAUUUGGGACUGUUUCUGGAAGGCAAUUUGAGGCAACACAUAUUAGAGUCCUAAAAAUGUGCAUACUUUUUUAUCGUUAGGACAGGAUAUGUUGUGCUGCAGUUAACCAGCUAACUCUGAAAUCCCAGUGGCUAACGCCUAAGGUUUAGUUUUUAUUCAUGCUACGUGUCCAUGCGGGGUGGUAGGUGAGGGUGACAUGAAGGGAGAAGGGAGCUGCUCCAUGUAGUCACUCAGGGAUCCAGGCCUGACAGAGGCUCUGUCCCUGGGACAUCAGCAUUUGCUGGGGCAAGGGAAGACAGACACUGUGGAACUACCCAUGGGCAUUUCAGUCUCUGCCUGGAGCUUCAUAUGUCACCUCUGCUCACAUUUAAUUGGCCAGAAUUAGUCAUAGGACUCUGAAUGAGAACGAGGGGGCUGGAGGGUGAAGUCCUGUAUGCCCCAGAAGGAAAGGAGUUGCUGAUAGAGAGGUGCGUACUUUUGAGCCAGUAAUAACUCCAGAAAAUUAUCCUAAGUCAUUAUUCUGCAAAAUUCACAAAGAUGUCAGAACUUCAUUAUGUUCUUGAUUACAACAGCAAAAAAUUGGAAACAACCUCAGAAUUCAAGGUACAACCUACAUAGAGGUUAAAAAUAAUGUCAUUACAUGUUUACUGAUAUAGAAAUCUAUUCACAAUAUAACAUUAAAAGGGAUAAAAGUCAUAAAACAUUAUGUAUAAUAUGAUUAUAUUCCAUGAAAAAGUAAUAAAACACAUACAGAUGCAUAGAAAAAAGUGUGAAAAGAUAAAAACAGAAAUGCUAACAGUGGUUAUAAUUAGAUGGUGCAAUAACAGGUGAUUUUUCUCACUUAUCUGGAAUUUCUUUGUAAAAAAAAAGUAUUUAUGUACCAAAAAAGCAUUUAAAAAGGGAAACACACAGUACUUGUGGGAGGGUUCACUUAUCUACUCCACUCUUAUAUUAAACUCUUACAUUUGAUGCAAGGAAUGUCUUCUUUCCUGUCACAUCAGAAGACACUGCUCUCACAAUUGAUGUAAAGUCAGGACUUGCUAUGAAAAGCAGUACAAGAAGGUAAAACAGUAACACAGCCCCACAGCUGUGGAUCAUCAGUCCUGCCCAUCACUUGCCAAAACACACACCACUUGGGACUCCGCCAUAGUUUGUCAGCUCCUGCCAGGUGCCCUUGGGGGUCUCCGGGGCCUGGGAGACCACUUUGCCACAAGGCUCUGCAGAGAGUAGGGCACUGUACAAUUCCACUUCCAACAGAAGACCCACAAACUCUUCUGGUAAAUGGAUUCCAGAAAUUAGACCACCACCACCAGAAACAGUAAAAUAAAAUCUCCUUUUAGGUGUACAUACUUUUAAUAAAAACUCUUCCUUAUUGUUUCUCCCACCUCCCCUUUUGCUGUUCACACACACACACACACACACACACACGCAUGCACACGCAUGCACCCAGUCCUAAGCUCACUAGAACAUUUCGUCCAUCUCAAAAAUCUUACCAAAGCCACCUUCCUGCCUGAGUAGCAUUUAAAGGCAAACUAGAAAACCCAUAUUCUUGAGACAGUUGCAUGAAAGAGACAUGUAAGUAACACACAUUUCUAGACUAGACAGGAAUCCCUCUCCAUGCCAAAACCCCCACCAUCUCCAAAAUAUGUACAAUAUCUUUGGGGAAGCCAUGUACUCAGAAAUUAGGGUCCUUUUAAACCAUGCAUAUCAUUUAAAAACAUAUAUGGACAUUGAUCCUGCAAGCUUCUAGUUUGCAAGUGCUUCAAAAUCUAGUGACAAGGCAACAAAAGAAUUUAACUUCCAGAAAGACUAAUGGAACAAACAAUCCACUUCUGGAUAUGAGCAAAGACCAGCAGCUGGCUCCCUUUUUUUUUGAGGUGGAGUCUAGCUCUGUUGCCAAAGCUGGAGUACAGUGGCACGAUCUCAGCUCACUGCAACCUCCGCCUCCCAGGUUCAAGUGAUUCUCCUGCCUCAGCCUCCUGAGUAGCUGGGAUUAUAGGCACUUACUACCACCCCCAGCUAAUUUUUGAAUUUUUUUUAGUAGAGACGAGGUUUCACCAUGUUGGCCAGGCUGGUCUGGAACUCCUGACCUCAUGAUCUGCCUGCCUCGACCUCCCAAAGUGCUGGGAUUACAAGUGUGAGCCACCGCGCCCAGCCCUGGUUCCCUCUUUCCAGUCCCUGUGCUAAGUCACAUCACUGCUGCCUUCCUCCCAAAGGUGCACCUGGCCAUAUGUGAGAUCUCAUCAUAAGGUCCCCAGCACAUCCUGUGGUUGGCUCUCAUCCAAAAUUGUUCCUGGUUUCUACAGAGGAGGAGAUGUUUCUAAAGAAAAAGAGCCCUGUUAAAAUAGGCAGAUCAUAGCUGGCGCAGUGGCUUACACCUGUACUUUGGGAGGCUGAGGCAGGCAGAUUACCUGAGGUCGGGAGUUCGAGACCAGCCUGACCAACAUGGAGAAACUCCGUCUCUACUAAAAAUACAAAAUUAGCUGGGCAUGAUGGUGCACGCCUGUAGUCCCAGCUACUUGGGAGGCUGAGGCAGGAGAAUUGCUUGAACCUGGGAGGCGGAAGUUGUGGUGAGCAGAGAUCGCGCCACUGCACACUCCAGCCUGGGCAACAAGAGCGAAACUCCAUCUCAAAAAAAAAAAAAAAAAACAGGCAGAUCAUGAUAGUUUUGGGAGGCACAUUCAC